AUGAUUACUGUUGGAUUUUAUGCAUUUCUGUCUCCUAAUAAGCUGCAUGCUCUUUGGAAAACGGAUUAUGUACGACCAAUUGGAUUGAAAAUCACAAAAGAUCCUGAGAAUAACCAAAAAGAUGACUGGAUAAAACUUACUAAAAAUAUCCACGUAUACUCGGCAUUCUGGGAUGACAGAUUGAAACCUUUCAAAAGAUUUGUUCGAGUUGUAGCUGUUGCACCACGUGUUGGCCUAAAUCAAAGGAAUAUCAGCUGCGUCGCUUACAACCAGAGCCGAAAUGAUUCCAUCGUGAUCCCUACCAGCUACGAAGUCAUUGAGGAGCAUCAUUUUCAAAAGUACUCAGCUGUGUACUUUAUCUGUCAUUGGCCUAGAAAGAGACGACCUCCCACUUUCAUAAACUUACGUCAUAAUCCUACGUCAGUGGAAUCCAGGAAACUUUCUGUCCAUAUUGGACAUAAGAAUAAUUUUUCAGAAACUCAAAAUAAGAUGGCAGCUUGUGCUCGUCCCUUCUUUGGACCGUUUAACGACACAUUAGCUUUGGCAGAGUUUGUGGCUGUAUACAGCAUAAUAGGAGUUAAUCAUUUUACCUUUUAUAACUACCAAAUAUCAAACGAGACCAAGCUGUUCAUAUCUUCUCUACAAAAACAAGGAUUGCAAAUUGAACUUCUUCCUUGGAGCCUACCAAAGUCGGUGAUAACAAAAACCUGGGCAUUUGGUCAGUUGGCUAGCACUCAGGAUUGUAUUUAUAGAAACAUGUUUGAUUAUAAAUACGUGGUCUUGGUAGAUAUGGAUGAAUUUAUUUUUCCACAGAAUCAUCGAACUCUUCAGGAAAUGAUAACGUCCUUGCCAACGAAAAAUUGGAGUAACUUAGUGUUCCAAAAUUCUUUCUUUUGUAACCAACAUCCAGAGGAUCCUCUGUAUUCGGAUACCGACAUGCCGCUCAGAACUUUGAAACAUGUGAUACGCGAAAGGAAGAUAUGGAGCCCCUACGUCAGAUCCAAACUUAUAGUCCAACCUUCCAAGAUAAUCACGUGUGGUAUUCAUUUCGUUUGGAGGCAUUUUAAGGCAUGGAAUUCUUUCAUGGUGUCGCCUCAGGUGAGCAUUCUGCACCACUACCGUCCUGCUUUGUGUACCAAAGAUCAUUCGAAAUUAAUUGUAGACAAACAUGCAUUAAAAUUCAAAAACCAGCUACUGAAAUCCAAAGUGUUACGGAUCUGGCGUGAACUGUUACUGCCAAGUAACAAACGGUAG